AUGCUGGGGAAGCUCUUCAACCUGGGCACUGGGAGCCCGGCAAACGCUCCUGCCCCUUCACAAACCAACAACAAUGCUUACAAGGACUCUCCACAAUCACUCGAGUCCAUGCAGGAGGACAUUCACACCCGAAACCUCCUGUUUCCCGACACCGAGGCCCUGUAUCAACAUCGAAACGAACAGGUCUUUCCGCUUUCUAUGGUCUCCGCUCUUCCCUUAGCAUCCAUCGCAAGCGCCUUCGACUACGACGGAGACAUCGACCUCGACACCCGCCAUGUACGAGUCCUCAUUAUGCAAGAUGCUGUGGCAUCACUCCCGGCCCAGCUGCUCUACGACAGCCAUCCCGCCCCCCCAAAGCCGCCGUCAACGGGAGAACGUCCGGUAUCGGGUAUCGGCACCGUCCAGGACUACCAGAGAAACCCGACCUCGCCUCGAAAAAGCAGUCUGAACCAGACAUCGCGGCCUCUGGUCAUUCAACCGGACAGCCCCCAACCCCGCCAAGGCGCCUUUGAUCGCAGGUCCUCCAUGCAAGGCCGAACUCAAUCUCAAGCUGAGACAGACCUCCAGCGGGCUCGACGCGAGUACAACGACGAGAUUCACGCCUUUACAGCAUCCGUCUUUGGAAAUUCGGAACUCAUGUCUUACAAAGGAACUUCAACAAAGGUUCAUAUCGUUCCUACCGAUAGUCGCCCCGAGUAUGGGGGCUCGUAUCUUGGAGAUGGCCGCGGUUCCAUUGGCCGCUCGAGCAUGCGGUCUAGUCGACUGGCUCAGUCAUACACAUCAGACAACGUCUCGCCCAUGCACCCCCCACAAUCAUUUACCUCUGCACCAAAUUCAAGAACCCCUCCAGAGAGGAGGAAAAUACUCAUCACCCGGCUUUUUCCUGUCCUGAUGCCCAGCGACGACGCUGAUGCACAGAGUGAUACCCCUUUGAGUCGUUUCUCCGACCAAAACACGGGUUUCCCUUUCCCGCAGUCUGCAGACGACACAAACCCACCCAAGAAGAAGAAGCCACAUCCCAAACAGAAACGUACGCCAAUGUACGCGGUUGUACUGGUGAUUCAGCUACCUCCUACAUCCGCUCAACCAAUCCCUCCUUCUACCAUGCGGUCCACUUUUCGCGCCAGCUCUUAUACCGAACAGGACUCCUUCCCGUCUUCCAUGAGCUCGGCUCGGCGUUCGGGAUGGACGCUGUCUGGGUCCGGGUUUCCCAUCGAUUCCCUGGAGUCUUCAUGUUCGACCGAUGUCGAUGACAGGAUGGACACGAUCACCCAACAUUGGGACAUUAUCAUGCGGACCUUGACGCAUCUGCAGGGCUUCAUCGCAUCUACGCUUGGUACGCUGCUUAAGCAAGCAGACCUAUCCUCUCCUGAUCCGUACCCUUCGUCGUUUUCGUCGUAUGUGGGCAGAGCUCCAUCCUUGAGUGGGAGACGCGACGACCCGCAUUUCGUCAAGCCUCUCAAAAGUAAUGCUAAGAACAUUGCUCUGCAGCCCAAUUGCUUACAGCAAGACGACAGCAUUGCGCAGGAAGCAAAUAUGGCGAGACUCCGGGUGGUUACAGGCCUCCGCGCUCAGCGAGUGAUCACAGCGCAGGGAAGGUGGGGCAUCUGGAGGGACGAAGCCAGAUGGAUGGCGAGAAAGGUCGGGGAGAAAGAGCAUGGGUUUUUCUUCUUCAAUCUUCUAACCGGAUUUCUCGCUACGCACACCGACUGGCUGAACGCCAUGAGUCCCGCGUGGUAUCGACGGAAGCACCACCAGCAACAAAAAGCCAAGGGUGAGGAGGAUCUGUCACUACCAGCACGAACCAUUAUAAUCGCCAACGAUAAGAUGCUCGCGCGGAGGCUGAUUUUCCUUCUGUCCGCAUUCCUGCCGUCACAUCAGCACAUCUCGUCAACACGACCUCAUCGGCCAAGCACCUCCACCUCAUUCGGGGCGUUCUCUCAGUCUCCACCUUCUCUCAUCAUACCGAUCCUGCGAGAGGAGUCGUUGCGUCGCAAGAUCAAUCGACGAACCGGGCCUAGGCGAGCCUCCCACUCCCGUACAGUCAGCCAAAGUACCCGGGCUUCUGGUGUUCCGCCCCAACUGGCACAUCUCAGCAUGGAAAGUCGACAUGAAAGACGUGUCUCGGACGCAGGGUCGAUCCGGUCCAACCUUCCUAUUCCCGGCAACGAGCAGGUCAGCAGGAAGAGCAGCGCAGCAACGACAACUACCAUUACUCCAGAGACCACCAUUCCCCAUUUUACGACGGCCCAGAGGUUCGAAACGCGGAGGAGUCUGCGGCCGGGGAGUAGCGGGAGCAUGGCCGCAGAUGACCUGAAGCGAACGUUGAAACGUGGAGAAAGUUCGGGUCACGUCAGCACUGCGAGUACCGAUUCUCGGAUGUCGGGUUCUAGAUGGGGCAGUGUGAUCAGCACGUUGUGGAAUGGGAAGAGGAGGGAUUCGACCGGCCUCACGACCCCCAGCAUGCCCUACGGCAGCAACCCGACUUCCCCGACCAAAUCUAUGCCUGGCCGCCGAGACAAGCUUUCGGAGAUGGUUCGAGAAGUCAGGACGGAGGGCUAUCGGCGAAUGGAAGAUCGCGGCCGACUCAACGAGGGCAACGGCAACGGCCCAAUUACCCCUCGUGGACUCGACGAACAAGCCGUCGACGACAUUCCUGCAAGAUUCACCUUUCCCGAGCGAGUUCCCGACCCGAGUGGCGAUUUCCAGUCACCCGUCAAGACAUCGAUCAACGCCGAAGAUGGAGUCAUCGACGUGGACAUUCCCUUCCCGGACUACAUCACCUCGUUCGAGACGGCCGUCAGCUCACCGUCCAGCAGCGGCUAUCUGUCCACCCCCGGAGUUGGUAGCGGGCUGGAGGGCUUUGAGCAGUUUUCGAGGAUCACAAUAGACGGCGACUCGCCCAUGAACGUGGCUGGAUUUCUCCAGAGGUACCACGAGGACAUGAUACUGCAAGCCGUUCCUCCCCAAGAUACCCUCAUGGACGACAUCAAGAAGUCAAUGAGAGCCGAGCCUACCCCUUUCGUCACACAGCCGUUCUACUCGAUGGAACAGCCAGCCGACCGCUGGGUCGAUGUAAGCAGCGCACUCAUUGCUGACACGACCACGCACACAAUCACGCGGAUCCGGUAUCGCCGUCUGAUCCGACCGAAACCAUUCCUUGAUAGGGUAGCCCCCUUGGGUUCCGCUGGUUCAAGCUCAUACAGUGCAGCUCCUAUGACUCCGUCCAUACUCCCUUACGAGACGCAACUGGACGACGAAUUCAUCGAGGAACCUAUUGCAAGCCUUGACGAGGUCCUCAUCGAAGCAGUCGAGAGGGUGAUUGCUCAGAGUAGCGAAGUGAGCAAGCAAAGCUCGUCGAACUCUUCUCGAUCAACAAGCAAGCGCCGAGACCGAAGCAAUAGCGAGGCUUCAGCCUCCGUCGACUCGCAUCACACCACCCGCAUCCCGGUACCAUCUCAAGAAGUGCCCCGCGACCAAUGUAAGACAGUGGUCCUGUCAGCCUUGGACGAGAUCAUCCGCGACGUCAUCGAAGAACGAGAUCACGAGAACGCGGAUUCCAACAGCCAUACAGACCGAGACCGAGAGAGUGCGCUCCGCGAGGCCGUCCGAAUUUGGCUCGACGCCGUCGACUCCACCGAUCAAGCCUAA